AUUAUUGAAUUGCCAUCCCAGUUCGAUCAAGAAUGGAUGCAACGACGAGGCGUCAGUAUCGUCUGCGGUAUUGGGAAUCCCCGACUCCUCGACGAGGACGAAACAUUUUUUCCCACCAGAGAGCAUUCCUCCGAGCACCAGCCCUUGCGACAUUUAUUCAUCGACGUCCUUGCGCGUCGAUCCGUCGCUGGGAAACGAGCCACAAAAUGCGCGUAAGAGUUCAAACUCAUUUUGGAUACAGG